GCGAGGCCUGCGCGGGCACGGAGCGGCCGCGGCCCCGCGGGGGUGGUGAGAGCGGCCCGGGCCGCCCCCCGCGCCACCCGCACCCUCCGCACCCUCCGCACAGCCAUGGAGCCGGGCCGCCAGGCGCUGCCGCUGGAGAACGCCUCCAUCCUCUCCGAGGGCGCGCUGCAGGACGGGCACCGCCUCUGGAUCGGCAACCUCGACCCCAAGAUCACCGAAUACCACCUCCUCAAACUCCUUCAGAAGUUUGGCAAAGUAAAGCAAUUUGACUUUCUCUUCCACAAGUCUGGUGCUCUGGAAGGGCAGCCGAGGGGUUACUGUUUUGUCAACUUUGAAACCAAACAGGAAGCAGAGAAGGCAAUCCAGUGUCUCAAUGGGAAGCUGGCCCUUUCCAAGAAAUUGGUGGUGCGAUGGGCACACGCACAAGUCAAGAGAUAUGAUCACAAUAAAAAUGAGAAGAUCCUUCCAAUCAGUCUGGAGCCGUCUUCCAGCACAGAGCCGCCCCAAUCCAACCUAAGUGUCAGUGCAAAAAUAAAGGCCAUUGAAGCCAAGCUGAAAAUGAUGGCAGAAAAUCCAGACGCAGAAUAUCCUGCAGCACCUGUUUAUUCUUACUUCAAACCACCGGAUAAGAAAAGGACUACUCCUUACUCUAGAGCUGCCUGGAAAUCCAGAAGAUGAUGCUUAUGAGUGGAUGAUGGUAGCAAGAAACACUGCUUUGUAUACCUGGAGUCCUCCAAUGCUUUUGUACUUUUGUAGAGUGGGAAGGACGAUGCCACCUGAGCAGGGCACGGCCAGCACAGCCCUCUGUCACACCUGAGGGUCUGCGCCUCCUGCCAGUGCAGCUCACAGCUGAAGGCUGUUCAGAGAAAUAGGUUCCCUUCAAAGCCUCUGAUGAACACACAGGCAACCUCUCGUUAAGUGUGCAUUCAUUAGCCAGAUUAGAAACAGUAACCAGCAUUCGGAGUAAAGCACAUCCAAAAAUACUCCAUUUAACUGAUUACUUUUUAAAGUAUUUUUGAACAAAAUGUAUUCCAAUUCGUGUUUUAAUGGAAGGGGAAGCACUUGGUUUUGAUUAACAUGUGCUGUAGUUAUCAUGGAAAAACUUUUUCAUCUCAAUAAAACUCAUUUUAAAUAGA